AAAGAAGAGGAAGUAAAAGAAGCAGUAGCAGAAGGAGAGGGAGGAGAAGACAGCGGCUUUUACCUCCACACGUGUAAUAAUUUCUAUAUGAUCCUACCUUCUGAACCUCUUAUAAGCUAAACCUGCUCGGCCAGAAAAGCCACUGUAGACGAAGACCAUGGGGGCAUAUCUGUCGCAGCCGAAUACGACCAAGACCUCCUCCGACGGCGGCAACAGCAGCAUGAGCUACGGCUUCUCUGCCAUGCAGGGCUGGCGGGUCUCCAUGGAGGACGCUCACAACUGCAUCCCGGACUUUGAUGAGGAGACGGCAAUGUUUGCUGUGUAUGAUGGACAUGGAGGCGAAGAGGUGGCUCUGUACUGUUCAAAGUAUCUUCCUGACAUCAUCAAAGAGCAGAGGACGUACAAAGACGGGAAGCUGCAGAAGGCGCUGGAGGACGCAUUUUUGGCCAUAGAUGGCAGGAUAACCACAGAGGAGGUCAUCAAGGAGCUGGUGCAGAUUUCUGGGCGCCCUGCCGAGGAGCCGCCUUCUGAAAAGGUUGCGGAGGAGGAUGACCUGGACACAGAGGAGGCAGCUUUGCUCCACGAGGAGGCCACCAUGACCAUAGAGGAGCUGCUGGUGCGCUACGGCCAGAACCUCAACGCUGUCAAGCACGCAGCUGCAGCCGCCGCCAGCGGGGUGGCUAAGAAGGCUGCGUCCCAGAAUGCCGAGGCAUCAAAAGAUAAAGGAGAGGACGGUGAGGCACCGAAGCAAGGAGUGAAUGGAGAGGUGGAGGAGAAGGAGAGUGAUGAAAAGGCGAAGGAAGGAGAAGCAGCGCCGUGCGGGUCUAAGCAGAGAGCCUGUCGGAGAACAGGAGGCGGCGAAGGGAGCGGUUCAGCUGAGAGCGGAGAGUCGGGAAGCUCCAACGGGGAGGAAAAGGCUGGUAAGGCGGAAGGAGACGCAGGGCCGUCCUGCUCCUCUGCGUCCUCGAAGGCCGCCGGAGAUGCAAAAUCCAGGUUUUUUGAUGACAGCGAAGAGUCAGAGGAGGGAGAGGAGGAGGAGGAGGAGGGCAGUGACGAAGAGGAUGGGAGCGACGAGGAAGAAGCAGACAGCAGUGAGUUGGAAGAAGAGGACACAGAGGAGGGAGAGGAGGACUCGGAGGAUGAAGAGGAGGAGGAAAUGUGUCUACCGGGAAUGGAUGGAAAAGAAGAGCCCGGCUCAGACAGCGGCACCACAGCCGUGGUAGCUCUGAUCAGAGGGAAGCAGCUGAUAGUGGCCAACGCCGGCGACUCUCGCUGCGUGGUGUCUGAACGGGGCAAAGCUGUGGACAUGUCCUACGACCACAAGCCCGAGGACGAGGUGGAGCUGACUCGCAUCAAAAAUGCUGGAGGGAAGGUGACCAUGGACGGACGAGUCAAUGGUGGACUGAACCUUUCCAGAGCCAUCGGUGAUCACUUCUAUAAAAGGAACAAAUCGCUGCCCCCAGAGGAGCAGAUGAUUUCUGCCAUGCCCGACGUCAAAGUCCUGACGCUGAACGAGGACCACGACUUCAUGGUCAUAGCCUGUGACGGCAUCUGGAAUGUGCUGAGCAGCCAGGAGGUGGUGGACUACAUCAGUGAGAGGAUCAAACCAGACCAGGAUGGCAAAAUCAGAGGCCUCUCCUCCAUCGUGGAAGAGCUUUUGGACCACUGUUUGGCGCCUGACACGUCUGGAGACGGCACAGGAUGCGACAACAUGACCUGCAUGAUCAUCACGUUCAGGCCACACCCCGCUCAGUCGGACAACGCCAAGAAGAGGAAGCUCCAGGACGACGAGGCCGACGCGGCGGAGCCGGAGGAGAACGGCAACGGCAAAAAGGCGAAAAGCGACUAGAGGGAGGAGAGAAACGAUCCCGGAGGGGAGCGGCUGGUCUCACGCUACCGCAGACACACCAGAGACAUACUGUACAAAAAUGAAAUCCUUACCUCGCUAACAUGAUCUCCCCCUGAAGCAGGCGUCACAGAGACCAACAUCAGCGCCACUAAGAUCAUCUGUGUAGUUUCUUUUCUUUUCUUUGUGCUCUGUUCUUGGUGGAUUUUCUCAUAGGUGCCCCCUGCAGGCGUUUCUUUCGAUUGGUUCAGACACCCCUUUCUUCUUCUUGCGUUUAAUUAAUGGGCAGUUUCCCAUCUGAAGGCCUGUUGGGAGGACCAGAUCUUGAUACUGCGUCGGUUUCCAGCUGGCAGCUUGAAGGGUCGACCAGACUCUCCUGCGUCUGAUUCAGGUUUUAGCGUCGGAGCUCUGCGCUGUGAAAGCAUCCCUGAACUGCCAUGAAACUGGGCAGAGUUGACUGUAGCUGAGCGGGGGUGCAUUGUGAUGCAGCAAGACCGGGUCGUCUAAUGUCGCUCUGAAUGUUUCAGGUUCCUCUCAUUAAGUCCCAACCUGUGGCUCCCACUGCGCUCAUUGCAGAGAGAUUAUUUUACUCUCCUAUCAUAUAUAUACAUUUUUCUAUUUCAGCACCAUUUGCCAUUGAUUUUUUUUUUUUUCUUUUUCUCUCUGUGUUGCUAAUCUGUAAAAGUACAAAUGUAAACUUCCUGUCUUUUUUUUUUUUUUUCUUCCAUUCCUGGUUUGUUCUUUUUAAAAGCCUGUAAAUGUUUGUGGGGGGGGGGAAUUCAAGGUUUAUGAAGCUCCUGGACUUUCCGUCUGGAAGAAGGAAAACGGAUCAUCUCCAGCACCUUCCUUUGCUCCCGCUCCAACACCUUUUUUUUUUUUUAAGGAUCGUUAUGGGACGUGUGUUUUAAGUAAAAAGGAGAAAAAAAUGUUUCCAUUGAGCAGAUACAUUUUCUUUGGUGAAAUCAGUCCUGUGGCGGUUUUUAAAGGAUUUUUUUCUUUUUUGUAAGCACACUCUGAUAACACCUUGAUGCUGGACUGUGGAAAGAAAGCACAGGGUUAUUUUUCUGAGAUGGAGAAACACUUUGAAGUUCAGAGCACCGAGACUGUGUACCUGUUAGCCCUUCCCUUAGGUUUUUACUUUCAGAAGUCUGAUUUCAAUUGUUGUGACUGUAAGUUUCUAGUGUUCUCUCUCUCUCUCGUUGGUGUAGCCCUUUUUUUUCUGUACAUAGGAUUUUCAAUACUUGCAAUUGAAGAAAGAAAUGCUUUUUCUUUGUAAUUGUGAGUCCGUGUGUCAUUUUGGUGCAUACUCUUUUGACACCAGUAUGUAAGUACAUACAAAUAAAUUUUUUUAAAUAAUCA